GUCGACAUCUAUCGAGUACACGAUGUCGGACGCUGGACCAUCUCAACAGCAAAGUGGAGGCGGACAUCAAGGAAGAGGUGGUAGCUCUUCCGGUCAGAAGAACAAGAGCUGGAAAUACAAAGUUGCCGCACAGGCUGAGGGGCAAGGUCGAGGAGGUCGAGGACAAGGCAGGGGCGGAAGAGGUGGAAGAGGACGCGGAGGUGGUGGAGGUAGGGGAGGAUCUCAUGGAGCCCAUGGAGAUGCCGGGGGUGGAUCAAGGUCGGAUGCAGCCCCCGGACCAAAAUGGGAGAGCAGUGAUCGGCCUAAUCAUCUUGGUCGUUAUCGUGAUGAUCCCGUGAGCGAGAUCAUGAUGGCUCCUGGGAUCUGCGUGACUACUGUACGUGACAAGGAGAGGUCAGCCGAGAGGGAGUUGGUUGAAUAUCUCGAGAGGAUCGCGGACGAGCUGUAUCCCGAUGCGCACGAGGUCAUAGUGAAGGCUGAAUCGAGAAUCGGCGAGGAAGAAGAUUUCGAAGAGAUGCUCAAGCAGGAGCUAGCAGAUAUGUCGGUGGAGAAGAAGUCGUCCAGAUUCCGUCUGUGCAAGCACGAAACACCAUGUGUCAUAUAUGUUGAGGUUCUGCCUCCUCUGGAUCCAGCACGCCUGGUUGUGCAUAUGAUGGAACAAAUCGAGAAGAACGCCAGAUGUCCUUUCAGAUAUGUCCAGCGAGUUGUCCCUGUUCUUGGUACCUGUGGUGCCACCCUUCCACAGCUGUCAGCGAUGUGUCCAGAGGUCUUAAAAGAGGGAUUUCAGUCCGAUACGGCGGGUCCGGUCACGUUUGGUAUCCUCUACAACAGCCGUAACUCUCAGCGAUUGGAUCGCAUGGAUGUCAUCAAGUCCAUCGCGGAGCACGUAUCGACACUUGAUCCAUCCCACACGGUCGAUCUCAAGAACCCUGACAGGACGAUUCUAGUGGAGACGAACAAGAAUCGAUUAGGUUUAUCAGUCGUGAAGGAUUACGAAAGGUUCAAGAAGUACAACGCAUAUGCCCUCGCGGGAUCUCGAGCUCAAGCUGAGCUUGCCUCCUCCGAGGCGGCGCCAAUAAAUGCAGAGGCAACGAAAUCGGGCCCGUCAAGGAGCCAGCAGAAACAUGCUCAUAGGGACAUCAGGGCCGCCAAGAUGGCGGCGGCCUCGUCGACUCCUUCAAAUAAGCGUAAACUCGAGGACAUGCAGAGGCCGGGAGACGGAGUAGAACAUGAAGCGUUUCUUGACACAAUGGCAGGAGAGGGUGCCAGUGGCGGUACAGUAGGACAGUCGCGGGGAGACGAGUGGCAGGAGAUCAUCGAAGGUGGACGGGUAGUCAAGAUGCGAAAAGAGGAACCUGAGACAGACGCUACCUGAUGCAUAGGCUACAUUGGUCGG